CACACAGACGCAGGCAGCGGCGGCGCGGGCGGCGGAGAACGUCGGUCGGGUGUGCUAUAGCAGUGUCGGUCCGCGGCUCACCCGCCGCAUCCGCGACGCUGUGACUGUGAUACAACGUGAGUUAUAAGUGGAUUUAGUGUACAGAGCCAUGGAGAACGUCGGGCAAAUGGUCCGCAUCGGUACCGAGGAACAACGCGAGGAAAACUCCUCCGCGGAGGCAUUGCAGCUAGUCAAGAGCGAGGAGCGGCUAGAGAAUGAGCAGAGUGGGGAGGGCGAUGCCGGCAGUGGUGGGGUAGAACACCAGGCGAGCGCGGGGAGCGAGGCCGGGCCGGGCGACUCACCGCAGCCGCACUCGCAGUCGGUGAUCACCUCGCGCCGCGCCGUGCGCACUAUCACCGCCGCGGGACAUAUCACCACCGACGACUCCGAGAUCGGCGACGACGGCGUUAAGGACGAGCCGCCAGAGCAACCUCAGCUCGAUCACGACCCGCAGCACACGCAGUACGCGCCUAAAAUGGAGGACGGGUCGGAUGUACGCGAACAACACCAACACUAUGACGAAGAGCGACUAAGACUGGCCGAGGCAGAGACAGUGCGGUACCUUUCUUUCAAGCAGGAUCCAUAUCGCACAUUACAAUCACCGGCACCGGACAAAAGGUUACAGGCGCAAUAUGCACGUGCGCCGCCGCGGCCUGCGUAUGGCCGAGGGCUUACGCUGCGGUAUGGAGCCCCGCACCACGUCAUCGUUGCACAGGAUGGCGAUACAGACGAACAUGCUCAUGACGCCUUCCUCGCUCAUAAGGAGAAGACGGAAUUACAGGCGUACGCGGCUGCCGCCGCUGCAGAGAGCGUUCCCAGCUCAGGGGCAGAUGGAAGGCAAUACACCGCCGUACUAGGCGAGCAGGUGGCGGCCUCUACUGCGCUCGAAAUGAUACAGACCACGUCACUUAAUAAUCAACAAUCAGUUGGAGUUGCCUACCAGCAGGUUAAGUACGAGACCCGCGGCGAGACAGAGCCGAGGCCUACAACGUACGCAAGCUUGCAGCCCGUGACUUCUGUCCACGGCGGUUAUGCAUACGCAGGCCAGAGUCCGCAGUACGGCGGCGCGGGUUACGGGGCUUACAGCGGCGGCGGCAAGGAGCUGCUAACGUUGUACAGCGGCGCGGGAAGUGGAGCGGGCACAGCGGCGGGAGGCGCGCGAGGGGACGAGUCUCCGCCGGGACAACUGUUGUACCGCAGCGACCCCACACUGUCGUCCUCCUCGCUGACGGCGCGCGGCGCACACGUCGUCUAUGGCUCCGUAGUGCCCCAAUCACAGGCCGUGUAUGAGGCCCCUCCUAGUCCCAAUUCUCAACAGGUGACACUAUACACGCACGGCAACACGGUGCAGUACAAAGUGGGCGGCGAGCACUAUCUAGGCCAGGGUGCAGGCGUGGAAUACGUGCCUGUCUCAGGAUACGAAGGAGGCUUGCUGGUGGAGGGGUACCCUGCGCCAAACCAGGCGUGGUCCGCUCACAAUCUCCUGCCAAUCGAUGACGGCUUUGAUCCGAGCAUGGCAGGCAUGGGUGAGGUGAAGGAGUGCGUGAACUGCGCAGCCGCCACAACCCCGCUGUGGCGUCGUGAUGGCACCGGCCACUACCUGUGCAACGCGUGCGGGUUAUACACGCGAAUUAAUGGCGUCAACCGACCGCCAUUGAAGGGUCAGAAGGCGAAACCUCAACAGGCUCUCCCGACGAACGGUAACCGCCGCGUGGGCGUCACGUGCGCCAACUGCCGCACCUCCAACACGACGCUGUGGCGACGCAACAACAACGGCGAGCCGGUCUGCAACGCCUGCGGACUUUACUUCAAACUGCACAAUGUGAAUCGGCCGCUGAGCAUGAAGAAGGACGGCAUCCAGACGCGCAAGCGCAAGCCGAAGAGCAUGGGCGGCGGGCACGGCGGCGUGGGGCGGCCGGGCGGCGCGGGCUCGCUCUCCGUGGAGGCACACUCGCACAAGGUGCUGCCUCCGCUGUACGCGGCGGUGGAGGCGGGCGCGGGCGCCGGGGGAGCGGGCGCCGGGGCGGCGGGGGCCGGGGGCGCGCCGCUUCUGUUGCUGCCUGCCCCCAGACACCAAGCCGAUAUGGUUUCCACGCUAGAGCGCGCUGCGGCGGCGCCUGCGCACUACCGGCCGCCCUAACGCGCCCGCGACACGACCGACGCAGCGGAGCCACAAGACGUCGCGUAGACGAUCUACUUAGAAUAAAGUGAAUGAGACAAUUUGAUGUUCAAUGAAUAAUACCAUUGUUACACUAAAGCGCAUCCAAAGAUAUGAAGCUGGUCUUCGUGUUGUUAUGGUAGCGGGAAUCGUGUUGGCCACUCUAAAAUGUUACUUGCAUAUGAUUAUCAAAGGGGUCAGGAUUGGGCUGCUGAGCCCCUCUCCCCACUUCCUAUGGAUUCAGCAUAAUUACAUACUUUUGUAUGUAAGUACUUGUGUAAUGUUGAAUUAUUGAGACUAUCUAUAUAAAUUCCGUUUGCCCCCCGGAAUAAAAUUAUAGAAUUGUCCCUCUCUAUUUUAAAAGCUGGAUACGCCCAUGGUUCCUUAACUAUCGUCAGCUCGGUCUAAAAUAUUGUAGAUAUUCACAUUCCUUUGUUAUUCUUAGUGAUAACUUAAAAAUUCUGUUCAAUGUCAAUAGCGAACAUUAUACGUAUAUACGUAAUAUUGUACAUAGCAUAAUAUAAAGGCAUUCUGUAUAUAAAUAUCAAGGCAUACCUAAGUAUGACCUAUAUGUAAAAUAAGUACCCACGCAUGCUUCAUGUAAACGAGCGUCAUUGUAGGCUGAUAACUUUAAAGCGAGGUUUGGCCUAAAUCUUAGAGUGUAUUUAGUAAAAUAAUUUUAAUGGAGAAAACUAAAAUAUUAAAACCGCGACAAAAUCCGAAAAAUAGUUUAAUUUUAAUAGAAUAAUUUUAUUCGGUUUUACUUCUUGGUUAUAAAUCGACGUAUUCAUUUAAUUUUACAAGAAAAACAAAUAAUAGAGUCAUCUCUAUAUUGUGACUUCUAACUCGCUUUAGAGAUUUCAGUCUCACCCUAAUAUAGAGAUGAUGUGACAUGCCGUCUGCGGUCUGAGGUCACGUGACAAACCACAAAUAAACGAACAAUUAGUUUUCCAUCGCGUAGAGUAGCGAAAAAACGAAUUUAUUAAUAUAUACAAAUAGUUAUAAGUGUAAAUGUCAUUGAAUGAGAGUGUGUAUGCAUUGUAAAUAUGUUUAUUUAUGUGUCGUGUUGUAAGUUGUAUAAUAAGAUUUUUUUAAAUGAAUGGCGAAAUAAAAUUUGUUGCCUCCAA